GUGCUCAACUACAUAUUCUCUCAUGCACAAGUCACAAAGAAGAACUCUCUGGUCACCAUGUUGAUUGAUCAGCUGUGUGGACGAGAUCCCACUCUGACAGAUGAGCUCAUGGCAAUACUCACAGAACUCACACAGCUCAGCAAGACCACUAAUGCCAAGGUGGCACUGCGGGCACGGCAGGUUCUCAUUGCCUCGCACCUUCCAUCAUACGAGCUACGGCACAAUCAAGUGGAAUCCAUCUUCCUGUCUGCCAUCGACAUGUACGGACAUCAGUUCUGCAUUGAAAACCUGCAG